UUUUCCGUUUCGGGUUGUCGUCAGACGUGACUUAUGCAGGAUAUGACGAACGCGUCGCUGCUUUUCGUCAAUUGCCCUCCCGCGCCUGAGCCGAAAGAUGCGCUGCACACUCGACAAACAACAGGACACCGAUGACGCCGCCAAGUGAAAACUGCGGUUGACCAUUUCAUAAUUUCAGCCAAUAAAAAGCUGCGACUUGCUGAAUGAGAGAUGUAUUAAGGGCUUUCGGGGGGGAGGCGGAAAGAAAGAGAGAAAACCAUAUGGAUGCAAUUGUGAACCGAUGAAGUGAUGAUGUCAUCUCACAGUCAGGUUAUCGGGCCCCGAGCAAAAACCGCUAGGACAGAAUAAAAAAAAUGCCGCUUUUUAAAACAUAUGCGGGAAAAACACAUGUGCACACACACACGGACACACACACACUUGCUUAGAUGAACUGCAGCUCUUUGGACAUGCCAACACAUUCUGUCCUUCCCAUUAGCCUCUUUGGCAUGGCUACACAAUGAGCUCAUGUGGAAUGGGCUCAACUCCAGUAAAAACACACUAGCACUAACACACACUCGCACACACACACACACACACACACACACGAUCGUAUUUCCAUCACUUCAGACGACAUUCUAAACUUUCCUGGAGACUUAACCCUAACUAUAACCACAAUCUCAACCUUACAAUUCACAUGACCAAGAUUCUCUUUGUCACCAAAAGCAUGGCCUCCACAGCGUGUUGACAGAUUUAUGGUCCCAGAGCAUGAGGAAUACCUGACACACACAUCCACACACACACAGCAGUCUCGGCUAUAACCAUAUAAGGACUGGCCGAUGAUGUAAUGGGUGCCACUGACUGCGAGAAAGAGUCCAUGCGCAGAGCACUUCUCAUAAUGUUUGGUUUUCCGCAUGGAAUGUCCACAUCACUGGGAUCUCCGGGAAGGGAGAGGUGAAAGAUUUGAGGCCAACUAAUCUCGGAGGAUUUGGAAGGAAAGUGACACAGGACGGCAGACUGAAGCUCCUGAUUGUAAAGGAACGACAAUACCAGGAGUUAAAGGAGACCAUCAGAAAGAGAGACAUAUCGCUUCUUCAAGAGGAGCUGAACGGCCUGAAGGCUUUUGCGCUGCUGCUUGUAAAGGGGUAUCAGAGUUUGGAGAACCUGUUGGAGGAACACUGGUGUCAUGUGAAAGAACCGAGCGUGAUCACGGAAAGUAUCGACCAGGAGGCCGGUGAAGCGAAACAGAGACCGCGGCCAAAUUCGAUGCAUCCUAAGGUGGAGCGACACAAUUCAUACACAAACGCCCAUCGCUCCCAUCACGCUAUGACAGCUCAACUCACCGACGAGGCAGCUAGAAGUCAGCCACUUAGGCAGCAACACGCAAGCCUUGGUCGUCAGAUAGAGGAGAAACGAGACGGUUCUGCAAGGGAAAAGGACAAGGAGCUGCAGCAGACCGGCGAUCGAGGAGCUCGACAGCCAAGCUCGUUGUCGGAAGUGGAGGUACUGAGGAGAAGGGUGGUGGAGAUGGAAGGGAAGGAUGAGGAACUUAUCCGCAUGAGGGACCAGUGUCGGGAUCUGGACUGCAGACUGGUAAGGGAGACGACAAACUGCUCGAGCCUGAAGGAUGAGGUCAAUAGGCUCAAUGGGAGAAUUAGUGAAUUGGACCGCAUAGAGGAGACUUUGGGCAAAAGCAAACAAGAGUGUUGCAAUCUGCGGGAGACCUUGGAAAGAGAGACAAACGUCAGCAAGAUGCUCUCAGGUGAGGUGGACUCCCUGAAGGUCAAACUGAGAGAGUUGGAGACGAGUGAGGGCCAACUGCAGAAAAGCGAGGUGGCGAUCAGACAUGACCUGGCCACGCUCAGGUCUCUGACAGCCGCCUUGGUGGAAGACAGAAAGACCAUGUCGGAGAGACUGCAGGAAGCUGAGAGAAAACUCGGCAGGAGGGGGUUAAAAAACCCCGCGGGGACUUUUGAGGAAGAGGCACAGAGCUCAAAAUCAGAUGUCGAAGAAAAAAUAACAGGCAUAGCGAAGGAAAGGAAUGAGUUACAAACACAGCUCGCAGUGGAGCAGCAGAGAAACAUGGAGCUCGAGAGUAAAAUGGUCACUAUGAGAAAGAGAUUACAAGUUUUGGAGAACAGGAGAGAAAAGGAAGAGAAGUACACCCAAGGCUCGAGCAACAACGCUCCUUGGUGCCAAAUGGAAGAGAAUAAAGCCAAACAACUCACAUGGGAGCUGGAGAGGCUACAAAAAAGACUGCAGGACAAGGAGAUGAUGGAGAAAGAAUUGAUGAAAGUAGAGGAUGACUACGAGUCUCUGGAAAAGAGAUUCAAGGAGGAACAGAUCAAGUCCAAGUCUCUACUCCGGGAGCUUGAGGUGGCCAAAAAGGAGCUUUCCGGAUACAAGCAGGCAGAAAAGCAGGAUGUAAACCAGGAACAUCUUCUACUUUGUCGUCUCCAGAAGGAGCAAGUCAAGUCCAGGCUGCUCACGAGAGAGGUCAGUGCCCUGAAGGAGCAACUCCAGCAGCUGAUGGGCACAGAAGAAUCCAUCAGCAGGGUCCAGACAGAUCACUCGGCGCUGCAGGGUAAGUUAAUGCAACAAGAAGCCAGGAACCGGGAGCUCGCUCGAGAGAUGAAAGACUUGAGCGGCGAACUCGACAGAUACAGAUGCUUAAAGAAUCUUGCGCCAGGUGGGAACGAAGAGCAUUAUCGCCCCACCAAGGAGGUCCAAACCGAGCCAGCGGCCGACUUGUCUACGGACUGCCAACUGCCCGCAACAUUUGGCCAGAAACACAACGACGAGGAUCCGAACCACAACAUCGAAGUCAUCGACUGCCGGGGCUCAACUCUCGUCAGCAACCUGAACAGCUUGAACAGUGCCAACAACAUGGUGAGCCAAAACAGAGGCCACGCAGCCAACGGAGUAAAUGUGCACCAAGCGAACGGGGACGUGAUGAUGCUGAGGCACACACCGGGGCAGCCACUACAAAUCAAGGUAACGCCUCAUCACAUUCUCAACACGGCCACGCUUGAGAUCAGCAGCCCCACGACGGACGCCUCCGGCUCCUACACCAGCACAGCCUUCAUCCCAUCUGGCGGAAACACGCCAAACCAAAGAAUCACCAUCAUCCAGAAUAAAUCGCCACCCUCGAGUCCUGACCGCACAAUCUCCCUGCUUAACGGGACGCCCGUCUCUCGAGUGAUGAGUCCAAAUUCAUCCCGCUCUGCAACUCCCGACCUUCCGAUCCAGAUUUUGACAGUCAGGACAUGUUCGCCGGAGCCAACCGACAUCGAGAGCCAGGGCGCCUUCUGCAAGACUCCCGAGCGGCAGAACAGCUGGCACCACGUGUGCUCCGGUAGCCCUGACUCCAGUCCCAGCAUCAUCACCACAGAAGACAACAAGAUCCACAUUCACCUGGGGAACCCAUAUCUCCCAUCUCAUGGCAUGCCGCCGCCUGUCGGGCCGUACUACCUUCGACAUGAGCAGAGGACUCAAGUACUCGCAAAUGGCUGCCAUGUCAAAGGUGUGGGCAAGAUUACCAGUAGCAUUACCAUAUCGCCUGCUACAUCUCCCGCCUCACACUCCCCUAUGUAGCACUGGCCAGUUCAAAAAUGUGGGAAUAUCUCCGGCCAAUUGACAUUCUGUUUUAUUCCCCCACCCCCUGAGACUUUGCAAUUAAAUCAAUACAUGUUUUUUGGACACGCCAUAGUUUGCUACAAUACACUUGACCUAAUAUUUCUUAACCAAAUAACAUUUUGUAUGACUUGUUUCUACUGCUUGUAUAAGAAUGACACAAAUCAACUGCAGUAAAAUAUCCUAUCUGUAAA